AAUAUUUGACAUUGCCAAAUUUAUAUAUUCAAUUCAAUUUGAUAAACUUUGUCCGCACCAAGGAAAAACGGACAACGAAUGUGUUUUUAACCAUUCAAUUAAUAGUAAACUAUUUCUGCAUUAGCAUUACAAUAAUGCAGAGUUUUCGUCGUUUAUCAUUACAAUUAGCGAGUAAAAGUCCUAGAAGACUUCUAAGGAACACGCUAAUUCGAGAAAGAUGUAGAUAUAAAUCGAGUAUAGGCAAUCCCCCUGAUGUUAUGUCAGAAACAACAACUAUUCCCAAAGGAAUACUUGGCCAACCUACUUGCCACACUCACCCUCACUUGAUAUCCGAUGGCCACCUGACUUGCGGUAUCACACAACAAGAGUAUAAGGAUAGAAGAGAUACUUUAGUAGAAAAGCUAGUUUCAAGCAAAGAAAAUGAACAUAGAUCUCAUAUUAUAGUAAUUCCAGCAGCACGUAAGCAGUACAUGUCGGAGAAGAUACCAUAUGUAUUUAGACAGAAUUCUGACUUCUUUUAUCUGACAGGAUGUCUGGAACCUUCUGCCAUCCUAGUUAUGGUGAAACAAUCACACGAAGAUAGUUAUAAGAGUAUUCUAUUUGUAAACGAUAAGGACAGCCAUGCUGAGUUAUGGGAAGGACCGCGCACCGGAUGUGCGUUGGCCGCACCACUCUUCACAGUUGAAGAAUCACGGCCCGUAGAGAAUUUUAAUAACUUCAUACACAGAAUAGUAUCGACAUCGAAACCAGCCAUACUAUGGUAUCAGAAUGAGUGUCCACCGAACCCUGAUAUCCACGAGUAUGUCCGUUCCUCUCUGCGUCAGGGUCAUGUAACGCUGGACGAACCCCAAAAAGUACUUCAUCAGAUGAGGGUUAUCAAAUCGCCGGCUGAGAUUGAGUUGAUGAGAGACACUUGUCACAUCGGCUCGCAGUCCAUAAACCUGGCAAUGGCCUGCACAAAACCUGGUAUGUCAGAACAUAACGUGGCUGCUAUAUUGGAGUACUCCUGGCGGACGGGGGGCGCGGAACACGGGGCCUUCCCCCCGGUACUGGCGGGGGGAGCGCGAGCCACUCACAUACACUAUGUGGCCAACAACCAACUCCUGAGACAUGGAGAGAUGAUACUCGUGGACGCUGGGACACAAAGGUGGCUGUACAAUUCUGAUAUAUCCCGCACGUGGCCCGUGUCCGGGAAGUUCUCUAAACACCAGAGAAUACUCUAUGAACUGAUACUUUCAGUGCAGAAACGUCUGAUCGACCUGCUGGGUCAGCAUCGGCCGUCUCUGGACACGUUGUUCGAGCACAUGUGUCGCCUACUGGGAAGCCAGCUGCAGCAGGAGGGGAUCAUACCGAAGAAUAUUGACAACAACGAGCUUAUCGGGCGAGCGUACCGCCUGUGUCCUCACCACGUGUCCCACUACCUCGGCCUGGACGUGCACGACGCGCCGCUGGUCCGGCGCCGUGUGCCCGUCACCAGCGGGAUGGUGGUCACCGUCGAGCCAGGUAUCUACAUAGCUCCAGAUGAUAGAUCCGUUCCAGAAGAAUUCCGUGGAGUUGGCAUCCGCGUCGAGGACGACGUGUUGUUGACUGACGGGGACCCCGAGGUGCUGACGCGGACCUGCCUCAAGGAGGUGGACGACAUAGAGGCUGUGGUCGGCAAGCAGAGCUCGUGAGGAAUUACCAGCUAGAGAGUAGCAACACCUCGGAGUUACUUGUACAUAAAAUGUAGUUUACAAGUUUUUUAUUUUCGAUUUGACUGUAGCCGUUAGCCCUAAGGGCUUCCACAGCGUCUCCGGGAGGGCCUACACACGUAUAUAAGAUACUUCAGUAUACAAACAGACUUAACAUUUGUGUAAUAGAUUUAAAGCGAUGUCGAGCAGAACUUGAAUCAAAAUUCGACACGAAUUUUUUUUAUAUUAUUUUUCAUGUUUAUCACACAGAUGGCGCUGUUACAACAACGUUGUGUUGCAAAUAAAACCUUUAAUGAAUUAAAUAAUUUUAAUUUACCUUAAAAGCUCAGGAUAUGUUUUGAAGAAGCGUAAAACUAAAUUGAACUGUACAAAUAUUAUGUGAAUGUUAUUUAAAAUAUGUGUAAGUUCAUAAUUAAAUAAGUGUCUCGGUUUAAUUGAUAUUAUAAUUUAUCACACUGUCGGAGUUGUGUUAAAAAAAUCAUUCGCUAAAUACGUUAAUUGGUAAGUCUUAUUAAAUAAAGUACACGCGGGAAAUAAAUAAAAGAUUUCUUUAUGAAUCCCUAAA